GUCGUGUUCUUAAAAAGGACGCUUUCUAAACUACUUUCUGCUAUCUGUCUCUUGUUCAUAUUCCAAAUUCGUAAACUUGAACGACCGAACUCGUGCUUCCACUUUGGAGAAUCGGGUUCCAGAAUAUUAUAUUCCUUCCUCUUCUUCACCAACUGCGCGACUUGAAUUCAUUGAUUUCUAAGAAUUCUUGUUUGUUUCGAUUUUCACGACUCAGCUCGUGCUUCAAUUCUAGGUCAAUUUCUGAAUUGGGGAAUUUGAAGCUGUGAAUGAGUGUUGAGGAAGAAUGAAGAAGGUGAGGAGAAGGAUCGGGAAAUAUGAAGUGGGUAGAACAAUCGGUGAAGGUACAUUCGCCAAGGUUAAAUUCGCUAAAAAUUCUGAGACUGGGGAAAGUGUUGCUAUUAAAAUCAUGGAUAAAACCACCAUUCUCAAGCACAGAAUGGUUGAACAGAUUAAAAGAGAGAUAUCCAUUAUGAAGAUUGUCAGACAUCCUAAUAUAGUAAGGCUGCAUGAGGUUUUGUCCAGCCAGACCAAGAUCUACAUAAUCCUCGAGUUUGUAAUGGGAGGAGAAUUGUAUGAUAGAAUUGUUCAGCGGGGAAAGCUUUCUGAAGAUGAAUCUAGGCGCUACUUUCAACAACUUAUAGAUGCUGUUGCUCAUUGUCAUAAAAAGGGUGUGUACCAUAGAGACUUGAAGCCUGAAAACCUUCUCCUUGAUGCUUUUGGAAAUUUGAAGGUUUCUGACUUUGGAUUGAGUGCAUUGACUAAGCAGGGUGUUGACCUGCUUCACACCACAUGUGGAACCCCAAGUUAUGUUGCUCCUGAGGUGCUCAGUAAUCAAGGUUAUGAUGGUGCAGCUGCUGAUGUUUGGUCAUGUGGAGUCAUCCUAUAUGUUCUAAAGGCCGGAUAUCUUCCUUUUGAGGAGGCAGACCUUUCAACAUUGUACCGAAGGACCAGUGCUGCUGAAUUUGUUUGUCCAUCCUGGUUUUCCACUGGCACUACGACAUUGAUACAUAAAAUUCUGGAUCCUAAUCCUAAAACACGGGUGAAAAUAGGAGAAAUAAGGAAAGAUCCUUGGUUUCAAAGAAACUAUUUGCCCCUCAAGCUCAAUGAAGAUGAACAAGUGAAUUUGGAUGAUGUUCAGGCUGUGUUUGAUGAUAUUGAGGACCAAUAUGUUCCUGUACAGUCAGAAAUCACCGAGGGAGGUCCUUUGGUAAUGAAUGCAUUUGAGAUGAUUACCUUAUCACAAGGGUUGAAUCUUUCACCAUUAUUUGACAGGCAUCAGGAUUAUGUAAAGCGGCAAACUCGUUUCGUUUCCCGCAAACCAGCAAAAGUUAUAAUCUCAUCUAUUAAAGUUGUUGCAGAGUCAAUGGGUCUAAAACUCCAGAGUCGCAAUUACAAGAUGAGGAUUGAAGGACUUUCUGCGAAUAAGGCUGGACAAUUUGCAGUGGUCUUGGAGGUGUAUGAAGUCGCACCGUGCCUUUACAUGGUAGAUGUUAGAAAGGCAGCUGGGGAUACUCUUGACUAUCACAAGGUUAGCUGCAUUUUCCAAUAGCCAGGAGUGUAUUUUCCAAUCACCUUCUUCUCAAAUUUUUACAAGAAUCUUUGUGCCAAACUAGAAAAUAUCAUUUGGAGGCCGACAGAGACUAUGCCAGAUUCUGGGUUGCUUCGACAAAUGACCUUGUGAUCAAGCUCUUGCGGCUGUGGCUGUGAUGCAUAUCUAAAAUCAACACGACUGAAAGCCUUCGAGCUUACAAAAUACUGGCAUGCUUUCCAGCCAUCAUACUGCAAUGUGCAUUUUGUAUGAAACGCGUUGAGAACGUGGCUUGAUGUCUUAGGGGAAGUAAGCAUAAAACAUAUCGCAAUGCAUCCUACAACGAACCUAUGCCGCAAUGGCUUGCAAAAUCAAUAGACAUUUUGUUAGGGCAGAAAUAGUGUAGUGUAUAAAUGUAAACAACGGAUCGAUCCCUUCCUGAGCUCUGUCUUGUAAGGUGAAUAAGAAAACUGUGGAGUUGAACUGUGAUUGAGCAUUUUUCUUUUUUUGUUCAGAGUAGCUUGAUAAAAAAUUGUAAAGAGAAGUCGUUUACAUCCAAAAGAGUACUAGACUCCAAAGAGAAUAAUAUAGUUAUGCAUCUUCAGAUAAGUAUGAGAUUACAAGAUACCUCUACUCAGAUUGAAAUAUAUUACUUUCUAUUAGAUUUUA